AUGGCGGAGGAACCGUCCACCAAGCAUCAUCAAGACAAGCCGUCGGACAAGAGCAGCAACCUCAUCGACGUUCACGUCCCCGGCGAGAAGCGCGAGUACACCAAAACCCUAAGAGAGGUUGAGCUCCAUGGCAAGGAGACGCUGGAGAUCGUCUGCACCAGCGAACCAGACAAGGACGACGAGUUGAUCUCCAGGCUCUGGAGGAAGGCUGGCGGCAUGCUUCGUAGGAUCGUUGGUGUUGGUGUGCACUACACCAACGGAGAUGAACCACCCUAG